UUUUCCAUCCAAUGGUUCACUCCCCAAGUGACCACAAUGGCUGGAGCUAAGCUGAUCCAAAGCCAGGAGCCAAGAGCUUCUUCUAGGUCUUCCACGUGGGUGCAGGGGCCCAAGCACUUGGGUCAUCUUCUGCUGCUUUCACAGGCACAUUAGCAGGGUGCUAGGUGAGAAGUGGAGUAGCUAGGACUUAAACUGAUGCCCAUAUGGGAUGCUGGCACCAUAGAUAGCAGCUUAACCUGCUAUGCCACAACACUGGCCCCACUAAUCUAUUUUCUAUACAUUUGUCUCUCCUGAAACAUUUCAUAAAAAUGGAGUCAUAUAACAUAUGGUCUUUUGUGACUGGCUUCUUUAACUUAGCAUAGUGCUAUUGAGGUUUAUCCAUGUUGUAGCAUUUAUCAAUGCUUUAUUCCCUUUCAUAUCCAACUAGUGUUUCAUUGUGUGAAUGUACCACAUUUUGUUUAUCCAUUUAUCAGUUGAUGGAUAUUUGUGUUAUUUCUACUUUUUGGCUAUUAUGAAUGCUGCUGUAAACAUUUGCAAAAUUUUCUGUGGAUAAACAUAUGAUUUAAUUUCUCUUGGGUGGAAUUUCUGGGUCAUAGGGUAGCUAUGCUAAACAUUUUGAAAAACUGCCAGACUGUGAAGGUAUUUCAAAAAGAUCCUCCAAAAAUGCACCUGAGGGUGAAGCGAGGAUCCAGGAACCCAGUGCAGAUUUCACGUAGGUGGCAAGGACCUAAUUAUGUAAGCCUUCACUAUUGCCUACCAGGGUCUGCAUUAAUAGGAAGCUGGAGUCAGGAACCGAAGCCAGGUGUUAAACCCAGGUACUCUGAUGUGUAUCCUAACCAGCAUCUUUACCACUAGACUGAACACCCACCCCUUAAACUUAACUUUUAAUUCUGUCUUUCCAGGAACCUUUUUAAAUACCCUUGUAUUUUCCAGAGUGAUCAUGCCAUUUUACCACCAGCAUGAAUGAAAGUUCCAGUUCACUAUGUCCUUGCCUACACUUGUUACUUUUGAUUUUAGUCAUCCAGAUGGCUUUGAUGUCCAUUUCCCUGAUGACUAAGGAUGCUGAGCACCUGUUUCUACACAUAUCGACUCUUGUGUAUCUUCCUUAGAAAAACAUCUCUGCUAGUCCUUUGCCCACUUUUUCAUUGUGUGGUUUUCCUUUUUUUUGUUAUCAUUGAAUAGAAGUUUCUGUAUAAACUCCAUUAUUCGAAGACUGAUUGUGCUUUUUUUAAAAAAAAAGAUUUAUUUUAUUUCUUUGAAAGGCAGAAUGACAGAAAGAAGCAGAGACUGAGAAAGACAUCUUCCAUCUAUUGAUUCACUACCCCACUACCUGUGAUUGUCACUACCUGUGACAAUCAGGGCUGAGCCAGGCCAGGAACUCCACCUAUAUGGUGCAGGGGUCCAAAUACUUGAACCAUCUUCUGCUUUCCCAGGCACGUUAGCAGGGAGCUGUAACAGAAGUGAAGCAGUCAGGACUUGAACCCAUGCUCUAAUACGAGUUGCAGCAUUGCAGGCCAUGGCUUAAACCACUGUGCCACAACACUGAUAAUGCACUAUUUUCAGCAAAGUCCUGGGCAUAAAUCCCUCCACAAACUGAUGUAAUCAAUUUCAGAACCCUUGUUGGGGAUAGUUCGAAGUUUGGUUUUUGUUUUUUUGGUUUUUUUUGUUUGUUUGUUUGUUUUUUGACAGGCAGAGUGGACAGUGAGAGACAGACAGAGAGAACGGUCUUCCUUUUACUGUUGGUUCACCCUCCAAUGGCCGCUGCGGCUGGCUUGCUGCGGCUGGCGUACCGUGCUGAUCAGAAGACAAGAGCCAGGUGCUUCUCCUGGUCUCCCAUGCGGGUGCAGGGCCCAAGCACUUGGGCCAUCCUCCAUUGCACUCCCGGGCCACAGCAGAGAGCUGGACUGGAAGAGGGGCAACCGGGACAGAAUCCGGCGCCCCGGCCAGGACUGGAACCCGGUGUCCUGGCGCCGCAGGUGGAGGAUUAGCCUAUUGAGCCGCAGCGCUGGCCCCAAAGUUCGGUGUUUUGAUAGUUCCAAGGUGGGUGUUUCUUACCCCAUAAGGGCUCUUCACAACUUUCUUUCCAGAAAACUAGCAGGUCUACAGUUUAGCCUUUAUCUCCAGUGAAUCUAUCUCAAGUUGCUUUCACCACAAGCACACUGUUUCGGAGAGUACACUCUAGGUGCCUUUCCACACUGUUGCACAUGAAGUCACCUCCUUUAGGGAGAGAGUUGGGCCUCUGUUUAUGCCUGUUUUCCCAUCCAGGCAGAAUCUCUGAGCCAGGCCUGUCAAGCUGGAGACAGGGACAAUGAUGUUUCUCUCCAAUUGACCUCCUGACUUAGGAGCUCAGUGUUUGGUGGAGGGGGUAGCAGCAUACCCAGGUGUCAUUGUCUUUCCCUCCUGACGUGGAACCCACACCCUGUGAGCUGGGUGGUCCUUUAACUGGGAACAGGGGCAUAAACAGAGAGACCCUUGUGUGGGUGGCUGUCAGUCUGGUGUGUGUGUCUGUCAUGCUGAGCUGUGAAGGGAAAGGAGAGAAUAGACCUAGUUGAGACCCUACAGACUCUAUCCUUACCAAAUUUUAGUGACUUUUCUUGAAUAGGUGUUUCUUCAUUUGUUGUGUACUCUUAAGGGCAUUUCCAGAUACUGCAGGGGUAGGGAACCUUUUUUCUGUCUAGGGCCUUUUGGGUGCUUAUACAUCAUUCAUGGGCCAUACACAAUCAUCAACUUAAAAAUUAGCCUGCUAUAGAUUUGUCAAAUUUCAAGUCCCGCCUGUGGUUGUCAUAAGCAGGACCAGACCAAAUGCCUUAUGCAGGCCUUAUGCCGCCCAUGGACUGGACAUUUCCCAUGCCUGCUUUAAAUGGUUGGUGAGAGGGAGGUUGUUUUUGUUUUCUGUAACUUUGGCCAGUUUCGCUGAGUAGUCGGUCUGAGAAGCUCCCCCACUCUCAUGCCAGAAAGUGGGGGAAAGGCAAGUCACACUUUGACUCCUUUUCACCAGAACGAUCUUCAGUUUCCUCACUUGAAAAAUGCUUCAAGCAAAAUAAAGGCACCUGAGGGGAAUUUCUUCGAUGUUCCUACUUUCUUAACUGUUUCUGGACAACUUCAUCUAGAAGUGAUGUCAGGAGCUUUCGCUCAGGUGUUCACCUUUGGCCCAACAUUCCGAGCUGAGAAUUCCCAGAGCCGGAGACACCUGGCAGAGUUUUAUAUGGUGGAAGCAGAGAUUUCUUUUAUUGAGAAUCUUCAAGAUCUCACACAGAUUAUGGAGGACCUCUUUAAGUCUACAGCAAUGAUGGUGCUCUCAAACUGUCCUGAAGAUGUUGAACUCUGUCACAAAUUCUUAGCACCUGGCAAAAAGGACAGAUUAGAACAUAUGCUAAAAAACAACUUCUUAAUAAUUUCUUAUACCGAAGCAGUGGAAAUCUUAAAGAAAGCAUCCCAGAAUUUUACCUUCACCCCAGAGUGGGGUGCAGAUCUGCAAACUGAACAUGAGAAGUACCUGGUGGAGCACUGUGGCAACAUUCCUGUCUUCAUCAUCAAUUACCCGUUGGCACUCAAACCUUUCUACAUGAGGGACAAUGAAGAUGGCCCUCAGCACACAGUUGCUGCUGUUGAUCUUCUGGUUCCUGGAGUUGGGGAACUCUUUGGAGGAAGCCUCAGAGAGGAACGGUACCAUUUCUUAGAGCAGCAAUUGGCCAGAUCAGGACUUACAGAAGCCUACCAGUGGUACCUGGAACUUCGUCGAUUUGGAUCUGUGCCACAUGGAGGUUUUGGGAUGGGAUUUGAACGCUACCUGCAGUGCAUCUUGGGAGUUGACAAUAUCAAAGACGUUAUCCCCUUUCCAAGAUUUACUCACUCAUGCCUUUUGUAGCUGGGAGGUUAAAGAAAAGCACCACACGGCCAGCUCACCACACAUGAAGACAGGAGAAUGUGUGUUGUGGGGUUUUUGGGAUGUAGAUUUCAACAUAUCGCUGUAAGAAAUAACAUGAAAAAUAUAUAUAAUCAUGAUUUUCUUUAGCAAGUCAAGCACAUUUCAUGGAAAGAUAAACUCCCUCAAAAAGAGAUAUUUAUAGCAAGUGAACUCUCAAAUCUUUUACCUUCAUUAAGAGGAAAUUGAGAAGCCGAACUAGAUCAUCUCAAAUAUUCUUUCAAAUUCUAAGACAGAAUGGGAGUCUGUUUUACCUUGUGACCACUUCUUUUACAUUAGAUCACUUGCCUGUGUAACUUUUGAGAACCAACUAGUAAAUAAAAUUAAAUGUUGUA